AUCUUUAUCACGCGGUUGACACGGCGUCCAGUGAGUCGCCCUGCUUCGGACCGCCAGAGCCUUUAUCCGCGGACGGCAGGCUGGGAUCACCCGAUCACCCGAUCACCGUGGCCAGCCCUGAAAGUCCGUCGACACCCCUUGGGCCGCCUGCCUGCCUGCCUGCCUGCCUGCUUUUUUCGUCGUGGUCAUGUGGCCGACUCGGUCUGACCGGUCUGACCGGUCUGACCGGUCUGAGCCCUCCUCGGAAGCGGAACCCGAGCCCGAUCUGCUGGGUCUGGGCCAUAGCAGUGGUAGAAGUAGUCCCGGGAUUGAGGCCCCUGACAGCUCCGAGCAUCACGAGCAUCACGGGCAUCACGGGCCGGCCGCUGCCUAUCUGUCCUUGCGGAUCGUGACCUUGGACCACUAUAUGGCUGAUCCCAUUCCGGGCUUGGACCCGAUUUUCGCCUCGGAUCGACACUACACGGUCCGGAAAGUGCCCGUUCUGCGGGCUUUUGGCCCCACACCCGCCGGUCAGAAGGCGUGUCUCCAUUUGCACGGGGUGUUUCCCUACCUGUACGUGCCCCUCCCGGCGGCUCAGACGGCCACAUCCUCGCAAUCGAGUGGUUAUGCCUAUCGCUUGGCCCACAGUCUGGACCACGCCCUCAAUUUGAGUAUGGGCUUGACGGCGUCCCAGCAGCAGCACAUCUACAAAGUGCAACAAGUCUCGGGCGUGCCUUUCUACGGCUAUCACCCGCGCGCCCACACCUUCUUGAAGCUCUUUUUUUACCAUCCGGGGCUGAUCAAACGGGCCGGCGAUUUGCUGCAAAAUGGCGCGGUCAUGGGCCUCAAGAUCCAACCCCAUGAAAGCCACGUGCCUUACACGUUGCAGUUCAUGAUGGACUACAAUCUCCAGGGGAUGAACUUCAUUCAUUUGGCCCAUGCUAAGUUUCGCCGCUCCGCCUCAUCCGGUGGUGUCCUUUCAUCGGAACCACCCCUCACCUGUGCCGCCCCACACGCCUGGACCCCGGCCUCGCAACGCCAUUUUCGGAUGGAUGAUCUGCCGCCGGAGCUCCUUUUGCCCGGAGAGGUGAUCCGGAUGUCCACCUCCGAGUUGGAACUCGAUGGGGUAGCGGCCGAUAUCUUGAAUAGCAAUGAGGCCGUUGACCACCGCGCUCAGAGCCUGAAUCCGGGUUUGGCGGCUAUUUGGGCGGACGAGCGGCUCCGACGACAAUGUCUGGAUCUGCCCGAAGACCUCACACCCCCUUCCUCCCCGCCCCGCGAAAUUGGCCCGUUCCCCGUCACGGAUUCGCAGGCCUUCUGGCAAGACCGCUUCCGCGCGCAGAUUGCCCAAGCCAAAUUAGCGCAUCCCGAGGCUUGGACCGACACGAACGCGUCGUCGGAUCCGGAUGCUACUUGCAAUUUCCAGCCCUCGGGCUCACCCGGACCGACCGGAAAGACUCAGGUGUAUGCCCAAGAAACACCCGAUGAUCUCCAAUUACCUUCGGCUACCUUUGUGGAUGACCAUGUGCCAUCGUUAAGUCGCAGUAUGGUGGAAAGGAUCCGACAUCCGUCCAAUGUUUCGGAUGACCUCUUUGAAGGCGAUCGCUUGGAUAUGAAUGAUACCAUCGUGGAUGAGGAGGUGGUUCGUAGUCAGUCCCAACCGCACACUACAUUCGACCAGGAUGAGCAAGAUCUGGUAGAUUUACUCAAUGAUCUGGGCCGACGGAAAGAGGCAGCUCCAGAUUUGUCCGAGGCUGAGGCCAAAGAAUCCCUAGAGAUGAGUCAGAUCUUGUGUUGGGGUGAUGACGAUGAGCAAGAUGAUGCCAUCCUAGCUAACAUUAGUACCCAACCCGCUGCAACCAAGGCUAAUCCAUCGCCUAGAAGCCCUUCUGAUCUUUGGGAUCAGAAAGAAGACUCAUUCUGGGACAACUUGGACAUCGACCAAUACCUCAAGCCAUCCCAAUAAACCUAGUUGUGAUAACUACGAAAAGAAUUGCUCUCCCAUCAGUAUUAACACUUCGAUUUAUGUUCUUGUUACA